GUUCGUCCACACAAGUUUAUGAUUCAUGACGCCAGCUAAGAUCGAGAUCUGAAACAAUAAAUACCUGGACAAGGGAACACAUAGUAACAUCGAAGAAAUUUUCACUCAUACGAGUAGAUACACUUUUUAGUGAAAAUCAGAUCACAAAAUGAAUUCCAAUCUACAAAUUGUCAAAUUUCUCGGGUUUUUGAUAAAUUUAUCAGUUUUGAUAAUGCAAGCAAGAUGCGGUUUGUACCUUGCUCUGCCUUUUACUCAAAGAAAUGUCAGUUUGGUAGACCUACAACAGAACGUCCGUGAUAAUCGUCUUACACCAGAAGAACACGUAGCUGUUGCCUGCCCAGCUUUAUCCACAGAGGAAAGUGAUUUCAAUAACGAUGUAUCAUUUGGUAAAAAUAGCUUAUUUGUUCGGAACAUUUUCGGACCUUUUAGGUCACUUUAUAACAUGGCGGACAUAGAAUGCGAAUUUUCUUACGAAAUUUCAGUCAGUUAUCACAGGGCUUCCGGAGUGUUCGCAUUUGGUUAUGAGGUUUAUUUUGACUCUAUUCAAUGGAGCGGAUUCGAAACUUCAAAUUACACAGAAUUUGAUUCAGUCUCAACAGCAUUUUCAAAAACGAGAAAUCUUGCAUACAAUGUCAGAAAGUCUAAAAAAGCGGAACUAAAGUUCACUAAUGAUAGACCAGCAGAUUUCAUAUGGCUAUGGAUGUUCAGAAUGAUAUUUAAUACCGACAAUAACCGACCCAGUCAAGUGACUUAUACCCCGUCACCACAUAGAGACACUGGAAUUAUAUGCCAAGAUUUUAGUUUAGGAUACGAGAUUUACAAGGAAAGGAGUAUUGACGUGAAUUCAUCAUACGAAAAUCAAAUCGAUGCAUUCAAAAACGUAAAAAUACCAACAUCAGAACCCGAAGACGAAUACAAAGAAGUAGCAUGUGAAUCAGAAACCGAAUGUUUAAUAAAAUGGUCGUUAAUACCAUCAGAUGAGUUUCGUUUUCAAGGACCUAAACAUAUUUCAUGCUCUGAUUCAGUAACAGUUCCGAUUUGGAAGACUGUGGCGAAUGAAAUGCUGAAUGCAUUGGAUAAUGCAUUGUAUGCGUUGCAGGAAAUUAUAAACGGAAAAUUACGCGUAAUCUCCGGCGUUCAUGGUGAACUUGUGAUGCCAUCGACAGGAUUUUUCAAAAGUAAAAUGAUUCGUAUAGGAAGCGGUAGCAAAAUUAUGGGCGGUGGCCAAAUUACGGUUCCAAGUAUAAUUUACAAAGUCAUUAAAUAUUAUGAAGAUGAUAAUUCUGAUUCUGAAACUAAAGCUAUUAUCAUACUGGUCCAUAAUGAUCCGUAUUUCGAUGAAGAAAAUGAAGUUUGUUCGAAAAGUAAAUGCGAACUAUUGGGAUGGACUAAAGUAAUACAUGAAAUGAUUCCAGUAGCAAAAAGACGAUCGAAGUACGUUUAUUGUUGCCCUCGAGAUAAGGCAACAACUGAAAAACUUGGUAUGCCAUGUGAUAAAGAGUCCGAAGAGCUGGGUUUGGAACAUUUUGUAUUACAUGAUGUAUCAGGUGGGACCACACAGCAAGAUGUUAAUGUUAUUGAUAAAGUGAAGGAAAAGUUGCAAGGGAUUCCUACAUCAAGUCAUGAUGAUGAUGAUGAUGAUGAUGGUGAUGAUAAAGUGUAGGCUUUGUACUCAAGUCAAAAAUAAGCAACUUUCUUACUUCGAUGUCCAACUCACGUACAUAUAAACAUGAUUUUCUUGGCUGUAUAUUUUUUAAUAGACCCAUACUUUUUUUCAACUUUCCUCGAUCUAUUAAUAAGUACCUACCUACCAUUUAAAAAAAUAUA